GUAUUGCCUCCAAGCCUAGUAACCUCUUUGUUUCCUUGUUCUACGUGUCUAUCUUUAGCCUAUUCCUCCCACUUACGCCUUCAAAACGUCCCUCUCUUACAAGAGAGGCGACCAGAAGUGGAAAAUUUGAAGGGAAAAUCACGUGUUCUGGCGCUUAAGUGGUCACUACACUGGCACUCGACUGGCCGAUUUCCCUGCCCCUUCUCUCAGGAAUAAUCGGCUCUUGGGGUGUCUUUCUUCUCAAAGGCUCUGGGGACAUUGAGGGUCUGUAAUCUGUGAGAUGGCUUCUCCAGACUUAACCCUGGACUCACUUUCGGCGCAAUUUCCUCUGACUUGGCCUAUUCCUACACCACUGAGGAAUCCCGAUCUUCUGACACCAAAAGAUAUUCAUAGAGAGGAAGAUCUGCUCAGAAAUGCCUCUUCAUUUCGUCUUUGGUGGACAACCAUAGCUGCAGUAAGGGAUAGCGUUGUCGCUGAACAAAAGGCUGCACCUGCAUCUUCUCUUCCUACUCCACUCACAUCCCUUAUUGGACCCCUUUCCACGCCCGCGGCACGCCUUGGGCUCCAGAAACUUACCUACCUUUACGAGUCUGCCCUCACUCACUUUCCUUCCUCCUUCAAGCUAUGGAAAGCCUACCUUCAGAUGCGGUGCUUAUAUGUGUUUGGAAGAGGCUCAAAACCGAAGAGAGCUGGUGGGAGAAAUAAAUGGGCAGAUAUGAAGGUGCUUAUGGAGGAGGAGGAGUUUGAGUUUGAGCAAUAUCAGAGUGGACUCGAUCCCGUCGUUGGAUGGAGCGAAUGGAAAGCUCUGAUUGCUGUCUUCGAGCGUGCGUUGAUGUGGCUUCCAACGAUGCCGAGAAUAUGGUUACUGUAUGUCAAUCUGUUUACCCAUCCCCAAUGUCCAGCCCCAAUACAAUACACCCAUGCUCGAAGAACAUUUGAUCGUGCUCUUCGGACUCUUCCACCAUCUUUGCAUGCACGAAUUUGGCCUCGGUAUUUGUUGUGGGCCGAACUAAAAGGUGGCAUGACCACCGUUGUCAUAUACCGACGGUUCCUCGCCAUUGAUCCGUCCCUCACCGAACGAUAUGUAUCCCUCCUCCUUCAUGGAAAGUCAGGCUCUGAACUGGAAGAGGUUGGGAGUGAUGACGAAGAGCCAGGGGUCAAGACGCAGUUCCAGCUGUUACGGACCAGAGGGGCGCAGAACGAGGUCGAGCCUCGUCCUCUGGAGGCUGCUAAACUUUUGUUGUCUUUAGCACGGAAAGCAGCUCGAGGAGAGUAUACGUCGCCGGAAGGCAAGUCUCCUUAUCAGCUGCUUGGUGAAUGGCUGGACGUCUGUGAGCGUUUUGCGGACGAAGUGGGUUUGGAGCCUGAGGUGGCAGAUGCGGAGCGCGCCGCCGCCAAAGCGUCCAAGGACAAGCUCGCUAAAAAUGACGCUGAGCGAUCAGGCAAAGAGCAGGAUGGCGGCCCCCCCAGCUCGGCACUUGGUGGUCCAUUGAUCCGCUUUGCUGGGCUUCCCACAUCUGCCACCCCCCCGUCGAGACCGUAUGACAAGGACGAAGAUCCCGCGAAUCCUUCCCUUCUCGACGUAGGGAGGAUUGUGAAAGAAGACGGUUUGGCCAUCUAUAAGGACCAAGCAGGAAGACUUUGGAGUGGCCUUGCCACAUAUUGGACAAAACGGGGCGAAUUUGACCGAGCGCAGGCCACAUUCGAAGAAGGAAUUGCAACCGUGUUGACCAUUCGGGACUUCACCCAAAUAUUCGAUGCAUAUGCCGAAUUUUCGGAAUCGGUUGUGUCAGCUUUGAUGGACUCACUCGCGGAUCCCGAGGAAGACGAAGACGAAGGAGCUCUUGCGGACACUGAGAAAGAGCUUGAUGAGCGCAUGCGAAAGCUCGAAGAGCUGAUGGACCGGCGACCCUUCCUUGUCAACGAUGUUCUGAUUCGUCGUAAUCCCAAUGAUGUGCAAGAAUGGGAGAAGCGGGUGGCACUGUGGGGUGACGAUGACGAUAAAGUGGCAGAGACCUACACUCAGGCGAUGGAGACCAUUAACCCCCGGAAGGCCACGCCCAACUACCACAAUAUUUUCGUCAACUUCGCCAAGUUUUAUGAGCAAGGAGGAGUGACGGGCACCGCUGUUCCGGACCUCGACAGUGCCCGACGAGUUUUCGAGAAAGGUACAAAGACACCGUUCAGGACUGUGGAAGAAUUAGCAGAAGUGUGGUGCGAAUGGGCUGAAAUGGAAAUCCGUAAUGAAAAUUAUGACGAAGGGAUUCGUGUGAUGCAGCGCGCAACCGCGAUACCGAAGAACACCAAAAUUAGCUACCAUGAUCAAUCGUUGCCUGUCCAAGCCAGACUGUUCAAGUCGCUUAAACUUUGGUCUUACUAUGUCGAUUUAGAGGAAUCUAUUGGUACUGUCGAGACCACCAAGCGCGUCUACGAUCAAAUGCUGGAACUUCGUAUCGCCAAUGCUCAGAUAAUCGUGAACUAUGCUGCAUUCUUGGAGGAAAACAAAUAUUUCGAGGAAAGCUUCAAGGCUUACGAGCGUGGUGUUGAAGUUUUCACCUACCCUAUAUCAUUUGAGAUUUGGAACAGCUACCUGUCCAAGUUUGUGAAGCGUUAUGGAGGCACAAAGUUGGAACGCGCACGCGAUUUGUUUGAACAGGCCCUAGAAAAAUGUCCUGAGAAAUUCUGCAAGCCCAUCUUCUUCAUGUAUGCUCAGCUCGAGGAGGAACAUGGCUUGAGCAAGAGAGCGAUGAAAAUCUAUGAGCGGGCCUCUGAGGUUGUGGCGGACGCCGACAAAUUUGAGAUAUUCACCGUCUACAUUGCGAAAGCUACGGAAAACUUCGGACUGCCUGCAACACGUCCAAUCUACGAACGUGCUUUGGAAGUUUUGCCAAACCGUCAGGCAGCGCAGAUGUGUUUGCGUUUCGCCGCUCUCGAACGCAAGUUGGGUGAAAUCGACCGUGCGCGGGCCAUCUAUGCCCAUGCGUCCCAAUUUUGUGAUCCUCGCGUGGAGCCGAGGUUCUGGACGGGAUGGAAUUCGUUCGAGAUCGAGACCGGCAGUGAGGAUACCUUCCGGGAAAUGCUUCGCAUCAAGCGCAGCGUUCAAGCCCAGUUCAAUACUGCAGCAUCUUAUUUGGUCGCCAAGACCGAGAAUACAAAACAAGGGACUAACGAGCAAGACACCGCUUCAGGCCCACCACUGGAUGCCAUGGCAGCUGCCGAGCGUGCUACGCUGGACAAGCCCAAAGGACCCUCUUUCGUACCCGCCAAGCAGAGUUUGGCAAAUGCGCCUGCGGUGGCCGACGACGAGCCAAGUGCACCUGCAACAAACGCAGACGAAAUCCAGAUCGAUGAUGAAUUUUAGUUUGUAACUCGGGUCAUCCCCCCCCCCAAUAUACACAUGAGCUACAAUGCAUUUUUGAUUCCUC